GGUGUGCUCUAUUAAAAAUUUGUUUGAUUUUACAAUUUCGGAAAUUUAUUCCUUUCCAAGGCCAAAGAAUUGUCUGUUUCUAUGAAUACACCCUCAACAGUUUCUACUAACAAAAAGUAAAUCAUUCUAUCAGUAGUAUAAAUUUAACCUAGGCUAUUAACUAUCACACAUUUAAGCCUUUGAAAGUGACUUUAGAGAGUUGUUGUUGUUGUUUCUGAUCUCUCUUAAACCAAACAACGCUUAAGGGUACAGACAGUUCUGCCAACAGUCAGUUAGCUAAGUCAUUAAAACACCAUGUUCACCUCACUUUAGCUCACUACUAUUACAUUCCAUAAGGUGAAAAAUAGUUUAGUUGAGCACAAUAACUAUGAACAACAAGGUAAAGAUGAGAGGGUUCAUGUGCCGGUCACCGGCAUCAACCGCUGUUGCGUGUAUGCCGGAUGGUAUGCGGUCGGUUGUCGUGCCCGGUAAGGCGCAUGGAAGAGCCAUGGUGGUUAAUCAGAAGGGUGGAAUUGGUAGGAAUAGUAUUAAGUAUUCUAGGCUUGUUGAGUCAGAUGAUAAGCUGUUAAAGGGGAAUCUUAAGGGUGAUCAAGGAUUACAAGUCUCUCAUAAGCUGCUAAAGAAGCAAAGAUCUUUGCAACUCAGUUCAUCGGAUUCAACUGACAUGUUUCAGGUGGUGGUCCUAAGAGUCUCUCUCCAUUGCCAAGCUUGUGCUGGUAAAGUGAAGAAACAUUUAUCAAGGAUGGAAGGGGUAACAUCCUUCAGCAUAGACCUGGACACGAAAAAGGUUACUAUUAGGGGACAAGUUUCGCCAACAGUAGUUCUUGAAAGCGUUUCCAAAAUUAAGAAGGCAGAGUUUUGGACUUGUUGAAUUAUGGAUUAUUCGUGGUUUUCAAGUUUUAAUUUCAUUAGUUAAGCGUAUGUCAAAUUGAAGUGUCUAAUUCCUUUUUUUAAUUAAUAAAACUAUGAUUACUAAGAUCAAUUAACUCAGACAUUUGAGUCUUAUGCAAAUAUAGCAUGUGGGCAAUAUUUUCAAUGGAGUAGUUUCUCUGUCAGAUGAAAUUAAUUAGAUUUGUGACCCAUGUCAUAAAUGAGUUAUAUUUUAAUCUAAAUAAUAUAUUUUCAUUUUAAAAAGUGAUAUAAUAUAUAAUUUUUUAAUUAAGAUUAUUGUAAAAAAUAAUUGAAUAUAGAAUAUACAAGAUAAAUGAUAUGUUUUUGAAA